AUGGAUCAUAUCUCCACGCUCUGUGCCCUGAGCACCAUCGGGAUUGCAUCCACUGGUCUCGCACUCGGUCGGGUCGAACGAACCAAACAAAAACUUUUACGGCGCAAAACUCUGCCUUACGAUCGGCAAUUACCUGAACUCACCGAAUCAACACCAGUCGAUGUUCGACCUGGGACUGCUCGAUCGGGACGACCGAACCCCGCGGGGUCGGCGUGGACACUGAAAGAGAACGAAAUAGACAGCGAUAGUUCGCGGGGUAUUCAAUCCCAAGGGCCGGACCUACGAAAAGCGUCGCUGUCCUUCGGCGCUGCCAGGCUUCGUCGUCGAGGCCAAACCUUAACCAACCCCCCUCUCCGGAUUCCAGAAAACGAUCCAGCCGAGGCGCACUCCCGGCGACCUUCCACCGGUUGGUUACGAAGAUUAUCGAUGGCAUCUUUUCAGACUGAAAGCCCAUCGACCAAUAGUCCUGUGACGCCGUCCUUCAAUGGAUCUGCAAGUCCAAUCUUCCCUCGUCCCCAUAGCCAACGCAGAUCUCCCAACAAACUUGUCAAGCGCACGGCCUCACAGCAUUCCAAUGUACACCCUCUUUUUGUCAACACAUCCGUCUCCCCCGCCUCAGGUUUGCGCAGACCAGCCACCAGCUAUCAGCGAUCGGAAACCAUGCGGUCACAGUCCCCUCUGGGUACCGAUUUCGAACCAAGUUUUCCAGAGCGAUAUUCGGCUGAGUCACUAACGAUGGAGGAGUUUGACCUCCAAGCCCAAAAUGAUUGGAAGCCAUUCUUCCUCACAAGAUCGAAGGGAUUUUCUGAGAAGUUGGCACGAAAACUACCCGCGGGGAAUUCAAAGGCUCCCAGUGUGCGGCGAAUAACAUCCGACCGGGAUAGUUUACCAGCAUUGGUCCUUGCAACUACUAUUACAAACAAGACCCCAAACCAUUCGGACCAUCAAAAUGUGCCUAGGACCCCGGUGAUAUUUCGAAAUCCAUUCCAAGCUGAGCAGGCGGAAACCCAUGCCUUCGAUGAAAUCACGCCUUUACCAACUCCGCCGCAAGCAAAACGGGCUCACAAGCACUCUUACUCACUAAAUGAUGUAGAACCUAAGAAGAUUGUGGUGAACGCAGUCACCGCAAGUGGCACUCCAAUCGACGGGCGGCCCCGUGGUGGCUCGUUAAAACGUGUGAAGGGAAGAACGUUUUCCAUUCCUCAGUUAGAGCUUUCGCGGUUUGAGGGAGCAAUGCCAGCCCCAGCCCCAGCACUACCAUCACAACGACGCAAUAUUACCGAUCCCAGUGUCUUUCGGCAGCCACAUGCCCUUUCCCCGGCGGGCCUGUCGCUCUCCAGUUUUGGGAGGGACUGCCAGAUUGUCCCUCGAUCGGUGUCGCAAGAUUACAACAUUGGUCUACCUCGGAACCGGCCGUUGACUUCAGAUGCUGUUGCCCUAUCAGCUUGGCAACAUUCAUGUCGAACAGAUGGUAACCUGUACUCUUCUCUCCGCCGCCGUCCAAAGCGGCACUCAAUCACCGCAUCAGAUCCCUCCUCCACGGUGAUAGGCUCUGAUGACACUCGCGUAUUUACUUCGAGUGAUGAAUACGAGACUGAUAUAAUGACUGAUUAUUGGGAUUCAAUCCGCACACGGGGUACCAGUGGGAGUGGAUUGAGAGGUUUGCGUAUUGAGACGAUGUUUGACGACAAGGCAGAAACACGACUGUCCAAUGAGGAAGUCGCGACCCUGGAAGAUCUUCUCCCGCGUGGUUCCUUUGCAGCUCGCAUGGAAAGGGAUCCACCUCUUUUCCCUGUGGCACUUCUUCCCCCGGCGCCCGUGCACAUCAGUGAUAUCGUGUCACUAUCAGGGGAUGAUGAAGAAACACGCAGUAUGAUCGGAGCAUUGCCCGGUGAAAAGGACAGCAGCACCCUUUCUCACACUUCUGUGGUCUUGUCAGGACAGAACGCUUCCGGUCUUCCUCCCGCGAUGCUGUCAGGCUCCUCCCCUGUGGAAGAGCUUCAAGUGAGCCAAAAGAUGAAUAUUUUUGACUGGUCGGAGCAGUCACGGGCUGAUCGUGAUAUGUCAGACUCGGACGCACGACCAAGAACAGUGCAUGGGAAGCAGAAUGGAAUCGACCGAGGCAGCCGAGCGGCCUGUCGCAAAGUUCCAUCCGCCAUUCACCUUCGAAGUCAGAGUGUGCCCGUGGCUCGAGAUAUCAACCCGAAUGAUUCACGUCAAACAUCUGGUAAAUUUGGCACGUGGGGCUUAGGUAGCAAAGGAGUCAGCGAGGACUGGGAUAGCGAUUUUGACUUUGACGAUGAGGAUGAUGCCCAGGAGGCCACUCCCAGUCAAGACACCAUUCCCACAGUCUCGGAGGGCCCCUCUCAACUGAUGACAGUUCCGCAAGCCAUUCUGGAGCGCCAAGCGAGCCUUCGAGGUCAAUUUGGUCAAGUCCAAGAGCUCACGCUAUUGGUGGAAGAAUUGAAGCGCUUGAGACAUCAAGCUAGCGUCUUGGAUCUUCUAAGAGGUCCAUCGAGUGAAUUAUGGAAGGAAGCUGAAGGCAUUGUAAAUUUGGCCACUAUCGAUGAAGACGAGGAUCGCCAUUCACCUCCCGGCUCUCCCUCGUCGCUUACUUUCAGCUUUGAUGAUUCCGAUGAUGAAGGGUUGAACGUUUCGUCGAAGCACAAUAGUGCAUCUUCAUGGCAAAGCAGCCCUCCGCACUCCGAUACACUAUCCCCACCAGCAUUCAAGCCUCUCAGGCAACUUUCCAAGAAUUCACCUAAAUCCAAAUCUGUACUGGACGUUCUUCAACACACUCAGCUCCCCGAGAACUCGACGCUACCUAGGCUUACUCCUUCUUCGCGCUCUCAGAAGUUGCCAUUUGAUACAUCUUCUCUACGUGAUCUGGUGGUUCGCGCUGGGGUGGUUACUCGUGCCUUGAAGGAAGUGAUUCGGAAAGCCGAGGGUGUUGACCCAAACCCGGAGGAUACCUUCCCUUCCGAUCCUCCCUUUCGACGGAUUUUCGAUCAGCCCUCCCAUGAUGACCUGGCGGAUUUCGAGGCCGCGUUGGCUGAGAUGCACUGA